AUGAACCCAAGAGACAUAAAAGUGCCGUUUCCGCCUCAAAUCAAUCCAAAAGAUCUCCUAGAAAAACGAAGGCAAAAUCGAGUAUCGUCAAAAAGUCCAAAUGCAUUCUUCAUUUAUCGUAUUGCAUAUUUGGAUCAGUUAAAGUUAUAUAAGCAUCGAAUUAAAAUGACGGACAUGUCUGGUUAUGUCAGUGCAUCCUGGAAAAAUGAGCCAUCUCAUGUUAAAGCAGAAUAUAAAGAACUUGCUCGUAAGGUUGGAAGAUUAGUAAUUGACGCAAGGCAACAAGCACUAAACACCAACUCUUUAACGAAUAACCCGCAGCAAUCACACAUAAAACAGCCUCCUACUUCUCCAAUUCUUUUCAAUUACUCGCAAAUUACGAAUGUUGAAGGGAAUCAUUCAUUUAUUAGUAAUCAAUUUUCGCCAACUCCGUUUCUCAGUGAUGGACAAGUUCCUGCCUAUAGUCAUAUUUCUGACGUUCAUCAACAAUCGAAUUUUAACUAUUAUAGUGAUUAUGACAAUCCUGAUGAUUCAUCGAAGAAAAUUUGGGUCCCUCAAAUAGCUACGAUAAAAGAUGAUAAUAAUAAGACUAUUUUAAAUUAG